AUGUCCUUGAGCAGACGCACGAUAGCGUCCCUCGCCCAGACGAGCACAUGGCUGCACGCGGCAUCUAUACACGCACUCUGGGAAGAUCAAGAAAGCCUCGUUCCGCUCUUGCGACUUCUUCCACCUGACUCAUGGACGGAAGUUCCUCUCGUGGAUGGUGGUAGCACUUUCCACAUCAUCCGACCUGACCAGCUUGAAUGGACGCGAUUCAACCACUACGCUAAACACGUGCAACGCAUCUACUGGGAGGAGUUGCGGGACGUCUCGCUCCGCGCUCUGACCACACUUUCUGGGUACUGUCCCGCCGGCCAGCCACUCCUCCCGCAACUCCGCGAGCUCACCUGGGACGAGCCCUGCGCAGACUACUCUCCCUCCGUCUACCUCUUCCUCGCCCCCAAUCUCAAGCGCCUUGAACUCACACUCUCCCAUUUGGACCCGCCCACGAUAAUGGCGCUCUUUCAGCACGUAGAGGCGGCGUGCAAGCGCGUGGAUCAUCUCACGAUGGGCACCGACCCGGUAUGCGACGAGAUGUGGGAGUUGACGGGUGUCGUCGGCUACGCCUUUGCACGGCUCCUCCGCGGUUUGCCUGAGCUCAAGCACGUCAAGAUCGAGGGCCUCUUGUCAACGAGCUGCGUAGAAGCACUGGCGGAGCUCCCUAAGCUCGUCAUGCUGGAGCUUCGAGCUCAGCCGGUGGAGAUGUGCAUGAUAGCUUCCUCUGCAGUUUGGGGCUCGCGUCACGGGGAAUGGUUCAACACGCUCGAAGAACUGAAGUUCUACGUGGACCAAAUGGACAGCAGUACGGUCACCUUCCUAGGCGCCGUACAAAGCGCGAACCUGCAGAAGCUACGGAUCGAGUCCCACUAUCAGUCCUAUACUCACAUGGUCAAGGUACAUCUCGACGCCUUCGCGCAUGCCACUUACCGCGACUCCCUAACCAGCCUGACGCUAAACUUCGACCGUCAACGUAACGAAACCACUCCCUCUCCACGUAUCGAAACCACUCCUUGUCCAGCACUCGACGUCGAAGAGACACUCGAGCCGUUCUACGCCUGCCCCCACAUCGACACCCUCCACAUCCGGAGCCCUUCGCUGGUUGCAAGCACUAACGCGCUCCAAAACAUCGCGCACGCCUGGCGGAAUCUUGCCACCCUCUCGCUGGUCAGCUUCCAGCCACCCCCCUGGGUCAAACCGCGCCUCACCCUCGAAGGACUCAUCCCGCUCGCGCGCGACUGCCCAGACUUAUGCACGUUGGAGCUGCCCGUGAGCGCCGACCGGGUGCCCGACGAGGCGACGCUCGCGCGACUCCUGCCUGUGCCAUCGCGGUGUGCGCUGCGCCGCCUUGUCGUGUUCGACGCCACGAUCGAGGACGAGCACGCGGUGGCGGAUUUCCUCGCGCGGCUGUUUCCGGAGAUACGUUGGCUAGAGUCUGGCAGCACGCCGGGAGGCGCGCAGUGGCUCUACACGUAUGAGAUGCAUUACAGGUGGACGACAGUGAGGACGCUGCUUACGGGCCAGGGGGAUGCGCCAGUGCAGUGGCCAGACUCUGGCAGCGAUUCCGAAUAG